AUGCCAGCCCGAUCUUCCGGACGCAUCGAGAAGGCGCGGAAGAAUAAGCACUCGACGCCCCAUCAGAAAAACCACAGAUGGGAGUCGUUUUCGACCAAGAUCGCAAAGUUCAACUCGCUCCAGCCGCUGCGCAAAGUUCGACGACAUGACCUCGAAACGGAAGACUUGUCAUCGACAACGUCCUAUCUCCAGAAUGGACUGCAAAAAUGGAGCGAACUCAACAUUUCACAGCCCUUUUCCUCUUUCAAGAGGGAAGUGCUCCCCUUGUGCGACAGCUUACCGCAGAUUUUGCACUUUGAAGAACGAAUAAUGGCUUCGUUUGCCAAAUACAUCUCGACACAGGACAAGGAAGGACUGGAACCGCUGCUCGAUCUCCUGACAGCUUUUGCCCACGACCUGGGAAUUCGAUUUGAAAAAUACUUCUCACAGAGUCUGGACCUCAUUCUCGCAAUCGCAGGAAGGACUCAGCCCGUCGAAGUCAUUGAGUGGACCUUUGGUGCUCUUGCGUUUUUGUUCAAGUACUUGUCCAAACUUAUAGUCCCGGAUCUUCGACCAACCUACGCCGUAAUGGCACCACUCCUUGGAAAGUCCAAGCAUCCUCCGUUCAUUGCGCGAUUCGGCGCUGAGGCUAUGAGCUUUCUUGUUAGGAAAGCUGCGGCUCCAUCACUCCGCGAGACAGCCCUCGUGUCAUUCGUGGACUACGUGCGGGACGAUAUAUGCAAACUGGUGGACGAUCGACAGUUCAUGCUGUAUAAAGAUGGCAUCAUGACCAUGUUUGCUGAGGCGAUCAAGGGAACAGAUCGAACCAUACAUUCGACGGGAUCUGCCAUAUUCAUUGAGCUUAUGAACGCGAUUCCGAAGGAGGAGUGUACGUUGGCUGAGACUACAACAUGGACCGACUUGGUCUGUGGCGUCCUAACCAGCGUGAUACAUCAUACCGAAGUACAAACCUUGAGAGAAUUCGAAGAGGCAAUUUUCGAUAGCUUUGAUGCCAAGCUGAAAGAGGCUCAUGGUGAUGAUUCUCAGUGGUGGAUGGUACCAUACAUCAGAGUUCUUGGUGUUCUCGCAGGUGUCCGAAAAGGCGGUCGAAUUACCGACUGGACACGCCUAGUCCAACAGCUUACUGCUUUCCUUUCAACAGCGACACGGCCGAUUGACGAAACCGUUGAGCAAAACGAGCUUUUAUGGGCAUUAGUCGUCGUUAAUGUGGCAAUCACCUGUCAUCACGCGCCUAUGGACUCGCUCAUCCCUCACAUCUCCCGUCUUCUCCAAUCAUUGACGAGAGAGCCGUUUAUGAGAUUAUUUAUUCCCUUUUGUUCGUAUUUUAGCGAGCUUGAUCCACGUCGAUUUGGAAGCUUGUUCCGUAGUGAUUUUCAGAAAUUUAUCGCAACCCAUUGGUCUCAGGGACAAAAUGAAGAUAUGUUGUGUGUCUUGUUGCCGCAGAUCAUCGAGAACCGAGGGUUCCCGUCUGCUGGCGAGAAGGAUUGCUGCAAACUCCCCCAGGCAUGGCAGGACCAGAUUGUGUCUAAGUUUGAGAACUUAGAGAUUUCACCUUUCCCUGAAAGAGGACCGUACAACAAAGACCCCCAAGUCUGGAGAGACAGAUGUCUACCUAAAUAUGCUGCUCUUCUCCGAAUCCUGGAGUUGACAGCCGUCCAUCCUUCAACCAACGCACGCAUUGCAGAGCUUCUGCUACGCAAACUCAAGCUUGCUCUUCGACCCUCGUCCACACUCGCGUCUGAUGAAGUCAAUUUCAUUGUCAGCCAAGGAUUUCAUGCCUAUUUGGGGAUGAGCAAGACUGCAGGCUCCACUGAUCCCCAACUUGCGCCUCUGCUUCGCGCAGCGGUACCGCGAUUUGCACGAUCUGUGGGCUUCCUCCGGACCUAUCUUGCCUACGAACAAACCUUCCCACAUGGGCACGAGGUCGAUAAACACGAAGCGUCAUCUGGUGGUGAUACUUCAGUCUCUGAGGAUGACCCUGUGAUCCAGUCUUUGGUCGAAAAUUUGAGUUCUCCAUCUCAUGACAUUCGGUUGGCGUCUUUGGAAUUGCUCAACAAGAUGAGCAACACGCCUGAGCAAUCCCAAUGUGUUGAAAUCAUGCUUCAGAUUGAGCAAUCUCCAUUGAACCUAGAGCACACUAGAUCAAUUGCCAUGUAUCUGCGUAAGCUCGGGCAAGAAUACGGCUCCUUGACAGAUACGACUUGGCUGAAACAAGGUAUACCAAACUUCAUGUUUGGCAUGCUGACAGUCAAUCUGUCUCCAGUAUGGGACGACUCAAUAGAAGCGAUGAAGCAGGUUGCUGAGAAUAAACAAGGCGAGGAUGCUAUUUCUCUCACCGCAUUCCGAUGGCUGGAUGUAUCGUCACCGCGGUGGACACCACCACAAUCCGAAACUGGCUCCUCUCGCGCUUUCUAUUCCGAUUUCGAAUGCACUACAUUGAACGCUCUUCAAGCGUCCGGAAAGAGCGUUCAAGAAACAUCAGGCGAUUCGAAGAAUGUGAUGUUGCGCACAUUUGAUGACAGCCAGCGACUGGUUGAGCCUUUCUCUACAAACGCCAAGGCUCAGGCCCUGAAAGUAUUCAAAGCUCUGCCUUCUAUCGCGGAGAGAAGGUCCCGUCAGCUGGUACCCCAUCUGUUUGCUUGGGCUCGCGAGGAGGAAGAUGCUCAUGCCGAAGAGGACGCCCAAUUACAAGCAGUCUUCUGGUCAUUAGCUGACAGAAAGGGGCUUGUUGGCGUCUUUGCACAAUUCAUCAAUCCAAGAGUCUUGUUCCAACAUGAGCAAGUUUACGACAUCAUGUUACAGCUGCUAGGAAAUGGUGAUUUGGACGUUCAAAAGCUUGCGCUGAAAGCUCUUCUAGCAUGGAAGCAAGACGGCGUGAAGGCUUAUCAGGAGAAUCUGGAGUACCUUCUUGAUGAAGCUCGCUUCAAGAACGAAAUAACUGUCUUCCUCCAAGGAGAUAGCGUCAUCAAAUCUGAGCAUCGAGCCGAUUUGAUGCCUGUUCUCCUUCAUCUCCUUUACGGUCGUGCAAUUUCAAGAAAGGGAGGAGUUGGCGGUCGUCACGGCCAGCAAACGACUCGACUUGCCAUUAUCCGAAAUCUAUCCAUUGAGGAUCUCGGUGGCUUUCUUGACAUUGCCGUAGGAAAACUCAAAGAUGUGCGAGUGGUUGGUCCUACAGUCAAUCGGAAGAAGCUCUUUGACGAGGAAAUUAUUUCGAUUCGUAAACAAUUUGGUUUCCUGAACAUGGCCCUGUCUCUCAUUUCGGAGUUGGGCACUAACGUGUCCCCUUACAUGGAAACACUCGUCAACACGAUCUUGUACUGCCUCAUCUUCUCUUGCAGACGACUGGGUUGUGUAGAUACAGAAGUGGACCCUGAUGCUCCCGAAGAAGAGGAAAAGGCCAGCACGCAUUCACUGCUCAAGUCCACGAGGUCAACGGGUAUCAAGUGUUUGAUUGCUCUGUUCCAGAAUGCCCAGGAUUUCCAAUGGGAGCCUUAUCAGGAUAUCAUCAUUGAAGAAUUGGUGGCGCCCAGGCACGAAAAUCUGCCAGCCGAGACCGCACAAGGAGUAUCUGGCAUGCUGCAAUUGUUGUCGACAUGGUCCAAUCUGCCCAAGGCGGCGCUCUUCCUUGCUCCUCACGGCAAUGCGCUACCGGACGGUGCCUUGCCAAAGAUUAUUUCUUGCAUUGCAUUCGAAAAGUCGAAAGAAUCAGUCAAGAUAUAUGUUCUUGAAAUGCUUCGCAGCUUGGUAAGGCUGGCCUUGGCUCCUGCUAGUGAGUCUGAAUUCAAUGAGGUUAUAAAAGCUGAGCUUCUUGACCCGAAUUCAACUGCGAUAUUGGACAAUAUCACUACUGUUUUGAGAAUUGCUCCAGUCUUUCAAACUUUGGAAAACGUUCAAGCAGUUAUUCGAAUUUCGAGCUUCUUGUUGCAGCAACCCGCACGUCGAGUCAAUCCUAAGCUCAAGGGCCGGAUUCUCCUGGUGAUUGAGAACUUUGCCUCGCUACCUGACGCAGCGCAGGAUGAGGCACUGCUUCAGGAGGUUUACAAGACAGUUUCAUCCCUUUUCAGCUACUUCAAGGAUCGAGAAAACCGCUCUUCUCUGUGUCGGGUUCUUUUGGCCAUCUCGAAACAAGACACCGAAGUUGCCAACGUCGCCAACCUUUGCAACGAGUUGAACUUGUUCAAGGAGGGCCGCAUUGACGAGCCAGACUAUGACAGACGCCUUGCCGCAUUCAGCUCCAUCUCGAGCAGUCACGAUGAGCCAUGGUCUCCUAGACAGUGGCUUCCUGUUCUCCACAACCUGAUUUUCUUUAUUCGCAUGGAUGAGGAAUUCGGUGUGCUCUCAUCCAAUGCUGCUGAUGGCAUUCGACGUCUGGUGCAAGAAGCGUCGGAUUGUCAAUCACAAGAAACGAAAGCCGUCUUUGACGAAUAUCUCAAGCAGAUCCUCAUGCCUUCAAUUUACGGUGGUGCUCGAGAAGAGUCAGAAACUGUUCGGCGAGAGUAUCUACGCGUGCUAGGGUUCAUUCUUACCACAAUGCCUGAAUGGGCCCCCGUGGCUGACUUGGGCGGUCUCCUGAAUGAGCGUCAAGAAGACUCUACGGAACCCUCGUUCUUCUUUGACAUCCUAAGUCCAGCAACUUCGAAACAAAUGGAUGCCCUGCGAACAUUGGAAGCUGCAAAUGCAAGCAAAGAAAUGGGCAGCCAGAAUCUGACACAAUUCUUCAUCCCCUUACUGGAGCAUUUCAUCUUUGGAAGAGCUGAUGGCGGCGAUGAUCAUGGACUUGGUGCGCAAGCGGCAAGCACAAUCAGCAACCUUGCCAUGUCCUUGAACUGGAACCACUUCCGUACAACUUUCCAUCGGUACAUUGGUUACAUCGAAUCGAGACAAGAGCAGCAGAAGCAUACCAUCCGUCUUUUGGGUAAAUUUACUGACGCUCUGUUGCUCUCGUUGCCUGAAAGCCCGGAUGCCGAAACAAUGGAGGUAGACCAAGAAGAAAGCUCAUCUUCUGCAGUACGACGGCUACGUCUCAUGGCUCCGAAGCCCGCUGAAUUGGCCACCCAGAUCACGGAUUACUUCCUACCACCACUUACCAAACAUUUGCAUCAGAAAGAUGAGUCCGAGGUCAGCUACCGUGUUCCCGUUGGUAUCACCGUCGUCAAGCUCUUGAAACUGUUGCCUGGCCCGCAAAUGGAUCAGAAGCUCGCUGGUGUUUUGACCGACAUUUGUCACAUCUUGCGCAGCAAAGCAUGGGAGGCAAGGGAGAUGACUCGAGAUACUCUCGUCAAAAUUGCUGUUCUUUUGGGCCCUUCCUUUUUCGGGUUUAUUCUGAAAGAGCUUCGAGGAGCACUCACUAAAGGCUAUCAAUUGCACGUCCUCUCAUACACUGUACACUCCAUCCUGGUUGCUACCGUGCCUCACUUCGCACCCGGUGACCUUAACCCUUGCCUGUCAUCGAUCGUCACUGUCAUCAUGGAUGACAUAUUUGGUGUUGUUGGCCAAGAGAAGGAUGCUGAGGGCUAUGUUAGUCAAAUGAAGGAAGUAAAGAGCAGCAAGAGUCAAGACUCGAUGGAACUAAUCGCCAAGAACGCAUCCAUAAGUCGCCUCAUUGAGCUUGUGCGGCCGCUACAAGCUCUUUUGCUGCAAAAAGUGGAUUUGAAGAUUGUGCGCAAGAUUGACGCCCUGCUGGCCCGUAUCACGGCAGGUCUUUUACAGAAUCCAGCCACCGAAAGCCGUGACACUCUGGUAUUCUGUUACGAGGUUAUCCAGGAAGUUUACAAUGCGCGAAACCCAGAGGCUGAACCGAAACUGGACUGGAAGACUCGAAGAUAUUUAGUACAGAGAGGAGCCAAAAAGAGCGACCGAGGUCAAACCAGCAAGCAUACAUACAAGUUGACUCGCUUCGCAUUCGAGAUGCUGAGAUCGAUAUUGAAGAAGUACGAUAGCAUACGAAUUCCUGAGAACAUCUCUGGUUUCAUUCCCAUCGUUGGUGAUGCCAUUCUGGAGGGCGAAGAUGAGGUCAAGAUCUCAGCGUUCCGACUUUUGGCAGUCAUCGUUAAAGUUCCCUUUGGAACUGCUGAUGGGGCAAAUAUCUACAAGAUUGCCGUCAAGGAGGCCACGAGGUGCAUCUCAAUGUCGACCUCGACCACGACUGACUUGGCGCAAGCGGCUUUGAAGAUGCUUGCUGUCGUGCUGAGAGAUCGACGAGAUAUUGAGGUCAAAGAUGCUGCUAUCGAUAUGCUAUUGGGGAAGCUAAAGGACGACUUCACAGAGCCCCUGUAUCGACACAUCACUUUCAAUUUCCUGCGAUCUGUGCUCGACCGCCGCAUUGAAACAGCGACAGUCUACGACACUCUGGAUCAAGUCGGCACAGUCAUGAUUACCAACGAUGACAAGGACACACGAGAUCUAGCACGAGGCGCCUUCUUCCAGUUUAUCCGGGACUACCCUCAGAUGAGAUCUCGUUGGACAAAGCAACUCAACUUCGUGGUCGCCAACCUCAAGUAUGAUCGCGAAGGUGGCCGCAUUUCGGUCAUGGAGGUGAUACACUUGCUGCUCAUGAAGUCAUCCAGCGACUUCAUCCAAGAAAUUGCGGCAACAUGCUUCUUGCCGCUCUUCCUGGUUCUGGCGAACGAUGACAGUGAGAAGUGUCGCCUCGCGGCUGAAGCCCUGAUCAAAGAGAUCUUCCGCAAAGCUGAUAAGGAGCGAGUAAUCUCAUUCCUUAACCUGCUUCGGUCGUGGCUUAGCAAAGAUGGAAAUGCUACGGUCGUCAAGCUUGCCGUACAGCUCUUUGGCUAUUACUUCGAGUGUCAUGAGGAUGCCGUCAAGAACCAAACUGACUUCAAACUCAUCUUCGAUAAGGUCAUGACAAUUCUUGGAUCUGAAGAUGUUCGUGAUGUUGAUGGAGGGCUUGUUGGUGCUGCAAUUGGUGUUGUGCGCAUAUUCGCCACCAGCUUCCCUGAAAAGACCUUGUCUGCCAAUAGAGAAGAAUUGUGGGCCAAACUACCACACUGUCUUGGGCACAGCGAGACCUCAGUUAAGUUGGCUGCUAUUCAGGUGAUCAGCUUGUAUCUCGCGGACUUUGCUCAGCGAGGCGCCGGCACUUCUGCAGGCGAAGAUGUUGAUGGAUCUCAUGGCCUUACACUCCGGACUGGUAAUGUGGAGGAGCUCGUCCGCCUCGCACUCAGGGCCCUGAACGGCACCGAAGUUAAUGAGGGUUUGGCAAACGAGCUCGGGCAGGUUCUCAUAUUCCUCGGCCCCCGUCUUCCCAUUGGAGACUCACCCGAUUCCUCGGAUGCCGAAUCAGAGGCAGAUGAGCUGGAUGCUGAGGACAAGGAGGAGCCAAGUGCAAAGCCCAAAGAUUUGCAGUACUUGUUCUGGCGCCUAUCACACAUUCUGCGCAAGGAGAUUCGUCCCAACGCUGUUGCCAUCAUUCCCAAGGUCGUCGCCAUGGAGGUGCUGGAGACGAUCUGCCGCCGCUCUGCCUUAGAGCGACUCCAGCCUUCGCUUAAGACCAUCCUGACGCCGCUGCAUAAUCUCACCGACCCAUCCAUCCCGGCACCUUUCAGCAUGGAUGAGGUGUUCAAGACAAAGCACGAAGGUCUCAAGACAAGAGCACAGAUCAUGAUGGAUUCCCUGCAGAAGAAAUUUGGCACUGCCGAGUACAGCAAGCAGCUCAUGUCCAUUCGUGAGGAGGUCAAGGCGCGCCGACUGCAGCGAUCAAGCAAGAGGAAGAUUGAGGCGGUAGCGCAGCCUGAGAGGUACAGCAAGGACAAGAGGAAGAAGUUUGAGAAGAACAGGGAGCGCAAGAAGACGAGGUCGAAGGAGCAGAAGGUGAUGAGACAGGCAUACAAGACAUGGUGA